CGCCUCGCGCGCGGCGCCGUCGGUCGGUCCGUCAGUCAGUCGGUCAUGGCGGCGGACUCGGACUCGUGGGAGGCGGACACGUUCUCGGUGGAGGAGCCGGUGCGCAAGGCGGCCGUUGGCGGAGGCGGCGGAGGCGGAGGCGGCGGCGGGGACCGCUGGGAGGGCGAGGACGAGGACGACGACGUCAAGGAUAACUGGGAUGAUGAUGAGGAAGAGAAGAAGGAGACGGCGGAGGUGAAGCCAGAAACGAAAGUCUCGGAAAAGAAGAAAACAGCCGAGAAGAUCAAAGAGAAAGAGCGGCAGCAGAAGCGGAAACAAGAGGAGAUCAAGAAGAGGUUAGAAGAUCCCGAGGAAUCCAAGGAGCUCACGCCGGAAGAGCAGUUAGCGGACAAGCUGCGGCUAAAGAAGCUCCAAGAGGAAUCCGACCUGGAAUUGGCCAAGGAAACGUUCGGGGUGGCCGCCACCGCGGUCAGUGGAAUCGACGCCAUGAACCCAACGUCCCGGGAUGACUUCGCGGAGUUCGGAAAGCUGCUAAAGGACAAGAUCACCCAAUACGAAAAGUCUCUCUACUACCCUGGCUUUUUGGAAGUUUUAGUGCGAGACAUUUGCAUUUCCCUGGAAAUCGACGACUUGAAAAAAGUGACCAACUCCCUGACAGUGCUUUGCAGCGAGAAACAGAAACAAGAAAAGCAGAGUAAAGCGAAGAAGAAGAAGAAAGGCGUGGUGCCCGGCGGCGGCCUGAAGGCAACCAUGAAGGACGACCUGGCAGAUUACGGCGGCUACGACGGCGGCUACGUCCAAGACUUCGAAGACUUCAUGUGACGCCGGCCCCCGCGGCCCGGCGUCACCUCUCAGUGUUGGCCGCAGCCCCUCGGCCACUUCCUUCUCUUUCAGUUCUGCCAAAGGCUCCCCUCGACGGCACCGGGGUGGCUUCGCCCCUCGGCCCCGUGACGGCGCACAGUCACGCGGACUUGGCUCGCGCCGGCCCGGGGUUCGAGUUGGGCACCUCGGGGGUCACUAAAUCAGCGAACACAGAACCGGCCUCACCUGGGCUCCGUAGCGGAGGGGCAGUGGCGGAGGCAGCGAGGCAGUGGUUAGUCCAUCCGCCCCUCCCUCCCGAACGCAUCGGAGGAAGCCGCCGUCCCCGGUUUAACGAGGGCCAGGGCCGCCGCCUCCGCGCCAGGACAACCAGCGCCCGGCGUUGCCGUUCCUCCCCCUCGACAAACAUGCUUAGCAAAACUGCACCAGUUACUACAGUCCGGUAAAUUGUUACGUUAACAAUUAUGACAUCUGCAGUGUUUUAUAAAACAGCUAAUUUAAUAAAACCACUCUGGUGAGGACUUGA